GCCAUGAAUAACAUAAUGUGAGGUGUUUAAUGAAAAGUUCUUAUGUUUCUUGUAAAUAUGGUGUGUUGGAAGAGAGUGUUUUUGGCGGCGGUACUGUCUUCGAUUUUGGAUGUCCACAGUGAACAGUUCUUUGGUGAUAAUGAACACUCGCAGCAGCUGUUGGUGCAUCUCACAGAGUCAGAGAAGAUAUUCCUAUUUGGUGCCAAUCACAAUGAUGCUCAAUUCGAGAUCGUCCACCACCACCGCAAGCGCUCAUCCCCCAUUCUCCAGCACUUGGACCUCACGCCGGCUCGACACUACCUCCUCGACCCUCAGUUCCUCGUGAUGAGGAGAUGGGCGAAUGGAACGGAGGCGGUGGGGCUUGAGGAUGAGGAGUGCUGGUAUAGGAGUGUGAGUGCUGCGUUGUUUGUGUGUGAUGAUGUGAGAGGUGUAGUCAAAUCCAAUGAUAGUUACUAUUUAAUUCAUCCACUGCCAGAAAGGUUCCACGAAAAAGACUCAAAAACGCACGUCAUAGUCAAACGCACUGACAAAACUAACAAAGACUCUUGCAUAGAAAAAGAUAGUCUUAACACAAUCGCUGCUCCUGAACCAGCCAAAACAUGGACAAAGCAUAGGAGAAAAAGAGAAACAGUUACAAGAAAAACCCUAGAGGAAUUCAAAGUAGACUUAAAUCAUAGAAACAAGACUAUAGGAGCGUUCAUAAACAAACUAAUCCCAAAAACAGAAAAGCAAACAGAAAGACAAAAGAGGGCUGUGUUACCAGCAGUGUUCGUUGAAACUGCUGUGUUUAUAGACAGAGAUUUGUACAAGCAUAUGACUGUGAAUUUUCCUAAGGAUACAGAGAGGGAGUUAGUCAGAUUUGUCCUAGCUAUGAUCAAUGCUGUACAGCUAUUAUACCAUGAUCCUUCAUUAGGUAGACCAGUAAAUUUUAUACUUAAAAGACUGGAGAUUCUUCACGAGGAUCCAUCGAAUUUGAAGAGGCCGCAUGAUAUAGACAGGUUUUUGAGUAAUUUCUGCACGUGGCAGAGGCUGGAGAAUCCGCCGGGGGAUACGGAUCCGUUGCAUUGGGAUCAUGCGUUGAUAUUGACUGGAUUGGAUCUUUAUGUAGUCAGUAAGAAUGGGAAAGUCAGCAGUCAAGUUGUAGGUUUAGCACCAGUUGCUGGAAUGUGCACGGUCACAAGCAGUUGCACUGUCAAUGAAGGAAGGCAUUUUGAAAGCGUCUACGUCGUUGCUCAUGAAAUUGGACACAAUCUUGGAAUGCGUCACGAUGGCCCCCUAGCAGACAACGGCUGUGAUCCUAGCGCCUACAUUAUGAGCCCAACGCUGGGCAGUGGCAAGAUUACUUGGUCACAGUGCAGCAAAAACUACCUGCAGAAGUUCCUGGACACCGUGCAAUCCCGUUGCCUUCUCGAUCACGGCAACUCGGCUGGACAGUUGGAUCAUAGUGCCGAAGGCAUAUUGCCAGGAGAAAGAUUCGAUGCUGAUCAGCAAUGCAUGUUAAAAUAUGGCCGCGGUAGCCGCCACUCCGGAGCCCAAAGCUUAGAGGAUAUCUGCAGAGACUUACACUGCCAACGGGAGCGUUACACAUGGACCUCGCAUCCGGCCUUGGAGGGGACUAAGUGUGGAGAAGAUAUGUACUGCCGCGGAGGAGAAUGCGUAGAGCGUGCAGGAGUGCCCCGUCGCGGACAAUGGACGCGCUGGUCAGCCUGGUCGGAAUGUGCGUCCGCCUGCCUGCUGACCGACUCCCAUGCCCCGGCGGCUACAGGCGUAGCCGUCGCCAACAGACGCUGCCAACGACCCAGGCAUGACAACGGGAACAGCUUUUGUUCCGGUCACGAUAAGAAAUACCAAUCUUGUCACGCACAGCAGUGCCACAACGUGCCUCCAAUGACUGUCCGGGAGUUUGCAGACCAGAUCUGUCGGCGGGCGAGGGAAGUGGAUCCUGAUCUCAUUGGCACUGGUCUGCAGAGGAUAGAUACGGAAGAUGUCAGCAGCGCUUGCGCCGUUUGGUGCGACACCCGCGGCGGAGGCUACAAGUCCCGCGGCUGGACCCUGCCAGACGGAACCGCGUGCUCCACUAUGUCACCGAUGUUUUGUAUUUCAGGAGUUUGUCAGAAAUUCACCUGCAACGCGAACACCGAAACGGAGUUCUCCCUUCGUCCAGGAGAUUGCGAAUGGGAGGCACUACCACUACAAACCGCCGCCCCUCAACAGUCCACAUCAUCAACGAAAACAUCAUCAACAUGGCGCCGCGCAGUUGGUUCUCAAUGGCGUCCAUCAAGCGGUUGCCACUACCAUUGCAUUGCUCCAGGAACUGGUGUCAGAUUAGUUCGGGCUGCUAGAACUACCAGCAUACAGCUCUGCCAUCCGGACAGCGCACGGGCUGAUUUGGGAUGCACACAAAGAAAAUCCCCAUAUCAGUACGCGACGAUGGUGUGUACAAAGUACAAGGAGAGAGUCAGAAGGCUGUCAGGAUUGGGCAUGCAGAUAUCACCAGCACUUGAGGACCCCGAUCGGCCAUGUCGAAUAGCGUGCCAAGAUGAGCGCGUAUCACACCGCUUCUACUUGGUAAACGGACACGAAGGCUGGUUCCCAUUGGGGACAUCUUGUGGAAAGAACAAUGUGUCUUACUGCGUCAGCGGGAAGUGUCUGGAAUUCGGCCCUGACAAUACACCACUCUCCGAAUCAGUCUUCACACUGCCCCUCCUCAACCGCAACGCCUCCGUAUCCGUGUCGCGCUCGUCCCGUCACCGUCGCGACACGACAGGCUCUGAUACGUACGGAGAUACUCAACGGCACGGACCCGAAACGGAACAGCACAGAUCCGACAUGGCACGGCACGGGCCCGACACGGAACAGCACGGGUCCGACACGGAGCGUGAUAGGAGGAGCUUGCGGGCGCGCGGUACUAUAACUGCGACUUUGGAGCAACAUCAUUUGGAUGAUAUUAUAGCUAGAUUGAAUUUGACUCAAAACCACAACGAGCACAUAAUCUACUACGACCCGAUACCGGACACCAUCGAGGUGGAUUUCAACAACCCCAUCCAUAUCGCGCCGGAAGACACCAUGAUACGGAAACCACCGAGACCUACCUGGGACUGAUUACUAACAGAACACUGACAAAUCACUGCCAGAUACCAAACAGUAUGGAUCCGAUACGGUCUUAAACAAUCCGAUACAUAUCGCGCCGGAAGACACCAUGAUAUGGAAACACUGACAAAUCACUGCCAG